UCCUUCCUUCCUUCCUGCCUCGCCCCCUUCGCCGUGCCCCCGGCAGUUUCCGGCCUGAGAGGAAGCGCCGCUGCAGGGCGGCCGGCGAGAGAGCUCUGAGGCGGCGGCGAGAAGGAGGGAGCGGCCAUGGCGGUGCCGGCAGGGAGCUCGGCCUUGACGGUGACGGUCACGUACGGUAAUGAAAAACAUAGUCUUCAAGUUGGUUCUCAAGAAGAAGGUAAACAACCAACUGUACGUGAUAUGGCUCUCCUAAUUGAACAACUAACUGGGGUUCCAUUGUCCUUUCAGAAGCUGAUAUAUAAAGGAAGGUCCCUAAAAGAAAUGGAGCAGCCGUUGUCCACAUAUGGAGUGAAAAAUGGUUGCAAAGUUAUGCUUAUAGGGAAAAGGAAGAGUCCUGAUGAAGAGGCUGAACUGAAGAAAUUAAAAGAUUUAGAACUGUCAGUGGAACAAGCAGCCAAGAAAAUAGAAGAAGUCAAUAAAGAACUUGGAGGUAUUCAGAAAGGUUUUCUGGCAAAGAAUCUUCAAACUGAAGCACUUCACCAGUUGGACAAACGGAUAAAGGGAACUGCUGAGCAGUUCAUGAAAAUUCUGGAGCAGAUUGAUGCUAUUACUCUUCCUGACAACUACAGUGACUGUAAACAGAAAAAGAAGGGGCUAGUGAAAAAGGUUCAGGCUUUCCUCGCACAGUGUGAUACAGUGGAGGGAAGUAUUGGCCAAGAGAUGGAUAAGCUACAAUAGAAGAAUAUGACCCUGGCGGAAUGAGGCAUUUUAAAAUAACUAGGAGAAGUAAUUGCUCUGUGAGCAAGAAGAAAAGAUUGCUCUUCAUUUUGGAGCACUUGUGUAGUGUUCAGAAUUUUAUCUUAAGCGGAGUCUGGUAAGGCUGUUGCAUGUCAGCCGUUGCUUGCUUAUUGUCAUAUGUUCUGCUUAAAGCCCUUGUUUUGAAAGACACGAUCCUGCAAUUUUACUUGAAUAUAGUCAAGGAUGUCUUUGUGUGAUCAUAAAUGUUAGCUAAAUGUUGCUUUCCUUUAUAAAUCAUUAAGAGUAGUAAUUGAUGUCGAUGUUGUAAAGUACUUGUAUGCCUUCUGAAUCUUAUUUUCAAAAGACUUAAAGGAAUGUACUGAAAGCUACUUUUGAUUACUGGCUGAACAUCACUCAGCUCUGUGAUAAUCAAUAUAUUGCUGUGAUCUUUGUGUAUACAUUCAGUGUUCUUGGGCAGGUAAAGUCACUAAAAUGAGGGUAAUUUUUGUAUCUAACUUCCUGUUUCUUUUGAUGGCAAAAAAAUCUUCCUGAAAUUUUCCCUGUCUUAAGUAAGAAAGCAGGCAUUUUGGCGUUAAGAACCUGCUACACACUUUCUAGGCCCAAUUUGUUCUUCAUCCUUUUCUUAGAUUCAUUCGGCUCCUUCUUUCCUUACACCAAGUGCUGUGUGGGAGGGUAAAAGAUAUGUGAUCAAGUUACUCUAUCCAAGUAUUUGGCCUAUAAGGCCCAUGAGUCAUGUCUACUGAAUGCUGGCAUUAUACUUGGGAUAUAAGAGAAGACUCCCCCCCCCCCAAAAAAACAAAAACAAAAAAAAAACUUGGGCACUGAGGAGCCUGCCAAAUGGUGUAGUGAUUUUUCAUCCAAGUACUAUGUCCUUUUCAAAUUGUUCAUCUGUAUCCAUUCUUGAACAAAAAAGCUAACAGCUUGAAGCCAAAUCCUAAGUAACAGUUGAGAGAAAUGUAAUACUAAACUGCUUCUGUAAUCUUAGUCGAUUAACACUUUGGUGCCAGGACUAUGUGUAGUAUAGUGUUCCCAUCCAGCACUGUGAUAAGCAAAAAAAGCAUCAAUUGUCAAGAGUCAUCCUACCCUUUCAACCUUAAAUCUCAGUGUCACACUGAGAUAUGGCUUGUAACAGCUCACUAUCAUGGGAAUAAAAUGGGCACAAAAGCAGAUGGCAGAUGUAAUCUAUUAUCCACCCAGUUCCAUAUCUUCAGACAUAACAGAAAAUGUGUAUUUUUUCACCAAAAUACAUGUGGAAGGAGAGGUGUGGUUUUUUUUUUCUUGCUUUAGGCACAAGAUUGAGUUAAAGUGGUUUCAUUAACAUUUCAUGCUUUCUAUUCAGUGCAAAUGACCCACUGGUAGUGUUCUAAGGAUAUCAUCACGAACAAGAAGAAGCAUAAUUUUCCACCUGCUUAUUUUCUACUUCCGUAAGGAAAUGAUGAAGUCUUUUUUACAGUAGAAUCUGGAGUUGAAUUGGUUCUUGGGAAGGAGAGGAAGUGCCCUGGGAAGAAGAUACGUACCUUGUCACACAUAUUUAAGAUACAGUUCUAGAAAUCUUGCUGGAAAAUGUGAUGGGUUAGAUGGAACUAACUCUGGGUGGGAUUCACAGCUUUUCACCAAGUAUAGAAGAUCUCACCCCCCACCCCGAAAAUCAAGUAGAUUUCAGAUUUAUCAAGAUUUAUUAGGAAUCACUGAAAGCCAGUGUGAUGUAAUGGUUUGGGUGUUGGACUACAACUCUUAAGACCAGGAUUUUAAUCAUAUCUGGCCAUGGAAACCUAUUGGGUGACCUUGGGCAAGUCUCACACUCUCAGCCUCAGCGGGAGGCAAAGGUAGCACCCUCCCCCAAACAUUUUGCUAAGAAAAACCCAUCAUAGGUUUACCUUAAGUUACCAUGUGUCAGAAAUGUCUUGAAUGCAUAAAAAACAAGAGAUUUACAUUAGAUUAAUAAGAAUCCCAGUUGUUCAGCUAGUAAUCUUUUGGUCCAGAUAAGACUAAGAUGAGGAUUUAUAUUUAUAUAUGCAGAUUAUUUGCUUGCAGUAUUGAAUUUGUCUCCUGGAGACACCCUUUUGCGUCAGAUAGCAUCUAGGGACUUUCUUGUAAACCUAAAGUCUGCCUUCUUCUCCAUCACACUUAAUGUUCUUUCUCCUAAUCAUAAAGAGGAUGUAGCAGUCCACUCUAAUAUGAGUAUGUCUUUGUUAUAUAGCUGUUAUACAUUUAGUAAUGUCUAUAACAGCAUUCCAUUAGUUUAUGCAUUGGUCCUCCUUGAUCCCCUGAAACAAUAUUAGUUCAACUACAUCAAAUUUCUUAGUAUUUCUUCCUUGAAAAGAGAAAAGCUACACAUUAGUGCUACCUAAUAUGUCCAAAAUCUAUUUUGAAUAAGGCAAUCCUUCCCAGCAAUCCCCAACUCCAAAGAGAAAGAAUUCUUAGAAUGAGUCCAAUAUUCCUAAGUAAGGUUUACUCCUAACAAUGACCAUGUUCAUGGUUAAUGUAAUAUGGGAGAAACAAAUAGCUUAAUCUUUCAGUUAGAAGUUAGUAGACUAUCUUUUAAUAGCUUGGUUUGGAAGGGGGCAAAAUAUAAUUCAUUUAAAGCAUGGUGCUAGAUGAAUACUCAUUCACCAAUAAUUGGAACACAUAGAUUUUAAAAUAUAUGACAUGAUUUCCACAUUUGUGUAAUAAUGGCAGCUAUUUACCUUUUCUUAAUUAGAAGGCUCAUCUGAUAGUAAUUAUGUUUAAAAAGUGCUAAACAGCACAUGGCUUAUUCUGUUACAUUUUUGUGGUGUUCCAGUCCCAUGUCAAGGUGUUUGGUACAUUUUGAAAUUAUUCUUUUUUAUAUAAGAAAUCACUCUUAUAAAAUACAAAUAGAUAUAACAGUUAACCAUGAAAUUUUCUUCGGAACUUGAACGUUAUGAUACAAAUGUUUAGCUCUUUUUGAGGAAUAAAUUCUACACUGAAACUGGUUUCUGUCAGAAAAUGUAAAAUUAUGCUAACAAAGCACGAAAUGUCUCCUCUU